AUGUCGUCGCAGACCAUGACGGCGCCAGCAGUGGGCCAUCGACCGCCUGAUCCAGGCCCCGAUACGCCCAUGUACGAUUAUGGCGGCUCCCAGAACGGCGCUUCGCCUCCGACCGACUCCAGGAGCGACUCCGCAAUCCGCGACAUGCAUAAUUCUGCCCCAGCCUCCAAGGGUUUGCCCACCACCCCAAUCGGCAUCAAGACGGAGUCUAUGGAGAACAAGGACUUUGCGGGCGCCGACAACCAUAAGGAUAUCAAUACGCAGUCGGCAGCCGGUGCGCUACUCGCCCAACUCCUCGGAAACCACUCUGCGCCGACGAGUUCUGCUCCUGCGACGGGUUCAGCAACGACCGGGUUAGGGACAGGGCAACAGGAUGUGAAGAUGGGCGAUCUGACGAGCCAGUUGGCCGAAAAUACUGGCUCGAACAACGACUCAUCCCUCAGUUUCAAUCUACGAGACGAACAACAUGCCUCGGCCUCGGCAGGGAUGCAAAGUAUGUCGGAAAUGUCGAAUGAUGGUAAAGCCGCUGGUGACAUCUUCGCGGAAAUUGGUGCGACGCCGCAGAAUGGAUGUAAUAUGAAACACCGAGGGUCUGAUGCAAUGGAUAUCUCCGAUCCUUUAAACCCGAAAUCGGACCUGGACCAACCACCGUCACUCCUCCCCCCUUUCGAUUUUGCCGCUGCCCCGACAAACGCCUUCGAGGCCCUCCAGCAGAACGAAUUUCUCACGGCUGCAUAUCUGUCGCAGAGCGCCGAUCUGUCGGCCCUGGGGUACCAGGAUGGGUCUGCCUCGGUGGCCGGGUCUGAGCCUCGGAUCCAGGCGUUUGCGAAGCUGGAGUUUGACGAUGGUCAUUUCUAUUGCAACACGUACUCAUUCAUUCUGGGCCGAGAUGUUCGGGCCGCACGCGCUGCGCACCAGCGAGAGUAUCAGUAUCGGCAGGCCGUGCGGAGCUCUCGGGCCAAAAGCUCAAGCGGUGGCAACACAUCCCAUACGCCGAACCGCAUGAAGCGAGAAGAGAGCGCUGCGAUGAUGGGCAGUGUGGUCAGUGACCGGGGAGGUAUCAUGGGCUUUGAUCCGGAUGUUCCUCCAAAUCUGCCUAGUAAAGUGGAUCUGAGCCGACGGUCAUCGAAAUCCUCGUUCGAUGGAUCUGUGGUGCCGCUGCACGCCAACCCGGCGCAGCUACAAGCGACCACCGACUACAAUGCGCUUGCCAUGCAAUCUCUACAAGAAGGGAAUGGUGAACCCAAGCCGGUGGACACCUUGGCUCUACUGCCAUCUCCUGACUCUUGUCCGACCAUUCCUAUCCACCCUCCUUCCACGAUUGAUGGCACUGCCGCCGGCCACCGUGGCAUUUCCCGCCGGCAUGUCCGCAUUGCCUACAAUUUUGAUCGCAAUCUGUUUGAAAUGGAAGUCAUGGGCCGCAACGGUGCUUUCAUUGGAGCCGACUGGCUAUCCCCUGGGCAACUCCGGCCUUUGCAUAGCGGGGAUUAUAUUCAAAUUGGAGGGGUACGCAUCCGAUUUCUUCUUCCUGACGUCCCCAUUGGUGAGACGGGUGCGGAUCGCAUGGAGGAGCAAUUAGCAGAGGAAGAGGAGGCCGAUCGUGGUUCAGUCGAUGCGGAACAUGAAAUCGAUGAUAUGGACAAACCUAUCAGUGACAGCGAGAGCAGGGAGCCGUCUUCCAAGGUGACCAAGAUUGUCCUCAAGACCAAAGAUUCUGAUCCCUCCAAGGCUUUCCCCUCUAUCGAGCCAGGCGGGGAGAACGGAGGGCAGCCGGCCCGCCGCCGGGGUCCUGGUCGCCCUCCCAAGGAUGGCAUCAUGUCCAAGCGAGAAAGAGCCGAACUGGCCCGGGAGCAGAAGCUGGCUGCCAAGCGCGAGGCCAACGGUGGUGUUACGCCGCCACCGCCGCCGCCGCCUCCUCCUCCUCCUCCUCUCGCAAACAAACCCAACAAGGCUGGAAAGACCCUUGAGAAAUCGGCUAGCGUCGAGUCGCCGACAUCUUCCGUCAAGCCGGCCGAGAAGCGCAAGUACACUAAGCGGAAGAAGGGCGAUGGCAUGGAUUACCCUCUGCCUUCAACAGAAGGGGGCCAGUUCACAACGGAGCAGCGCCCUGAGGAAUAUGUCAAGCCUCCGCCGGUUAAGAAGCGCAAGCCCUCGCGGUCUCCGUCUCCCAACUACCCUCCGGAGUCUGCUUACACACCCGAGGAUCUGGCUAAGCCGCCUUACAACUACGCUGUUCUCAUCUUCGAUGCUCUGACGGAAGCUGGAAACCCGAUGACACUGAAGCAGAUCUACCGCGCAUUAAAACUGAAGUAUCCGUACUUCCGCUUCAAGUGCGAGACAGAGGGAUGGACAUCCAGUGUGCGGCAUAAUCUCAAUGGCAAUAGUCAUUUGUUCAUGCACGCCGAGCGAGAUGGCAAGGGCUGGUCCUGGCAACUUCGGCCUGGCGCCUCUGUUGAGAAGGAGAAAAAGAGACGUCCUUCGCCCCCUCCUCCGCCGCCGCCGCAGCCACCUCAAGCAUCGGUGCCACCUCCUCAGCAGUAUAUGCCUCCCAUGCCCCACUCAUAUGCACCACCGACAGGUGCUCCUGCUCCAAUGCAGAAUCAGCACCAGCACUUCCAAUUUCCCUCUAUACCACCAGCGAACUCCUUCUCUGCACCAUCAGCGCCUCCUCAACAACAGCAUUCCAGACCUCAAGCCCACCACCAACCACCGCCGCACCCCCAACCGCAUCCCGCACAGUCCAACCCUCCACCACCCGGGCCACCGGAGUCAUCCUCGUUCACUGAGCGCGCCAACAAGGCCAUCGAUGACUUCGAGAACGUGCUCAUGGAAGACUACGAAGACAAGAACUAUAUCCGGGAGGUCCUACGCAGCGCGCGUGCCCGGGUCCUCGGGAAUGCAACCGAGAGCUCGUUCCCUGGCGGCGAACCUAAAGAUGAAGCGGUCAUCAUGGACGUGCUGCGCAAUUUGGUGGGAAGCCUGAAGGACGAGUAA